UCUAUUUGUGAUUGCCGUUGACACAAUCGGAACUGCUGAAGCUGCUCCCCUGCCUUUUCAGUUUUGGACACUCACCCCGCCUCUUCCGCCUCCGCCAUGGCAGAUCACUCCUCUGCAGACGAGCCUCCAGCAAAGAGACAGGAGAAAACCCACCCCUCGCUGCAGUCAAUGACAAACUCGGGGCCUAGGUCUCCCCCGCCUAUGCUCAAGAUGUCGUCGAGCCCGCAUUCCUCCCACCGCUCAAGCUUCGUUGAGAACAUGCGCGGCAUCCCUCCUUCCUCACCACGAGCACAGCGCCAGCCGAGCCUGUCGCAGCAAGCGCUUCAGGACUUGCUGAAUAACCCACCGACGAAGAAUGGCGCCCCGGAGUUUGUGGGGAGGGAUUGGAAGACGGUCCGUGUGGGCGAGAUUGUUGACCCCGCGCAGGUGCGGUUUGCGGAUUAUGAUACCAGCGUGGAGGAGGCUACGGCGCUUCUUGUACAGUCUGGCGCCCCCAAUGUGGUUCUCCUCCGCGAAAACCCAGGCUCCCGCACGGCGACGGGCACUUUUGAUUAUGGCGACCUAAACGCGUACCUUCUUCUUGUUGUCGGCCUCGCACACCCCACUGAGAGUGAUGUCGCGUCGUUCGACGAGCUUGCGAAGAAAGGCCGGGAAGGAAAACCCAUACCACUCAAAGAUAUCAAGGAUUUGGGGAAGAAGGAGCCUCUGAUUACGCUACCAUCUACCGCAGACUUAACAAAAGCUAUGGAGGUGUUUGGUAGUGGAGUGCAUAGGAUUUUGGUUGUCGAGGAAAGUUCAACGAAUGUGGUUGGCAUAUUGACGCAGUUGAAAUUGGUGCAGUUCUUUUGGGAGAAUAGGCAGAGCUUCCCGGCGGUGGAUCAAUUGUAUCCGCUGCUAAUUAAGGAUGUGAAUAUUGGGUCGCAUUCGGUCUACGCAAUCAAUGGCGAUAAACCCCUAACCGAUGCCCUCGAGCUCAUGAACAACGAAGGUAUAACCUCUCUCCCAGUACUUGACUCUCAAAACAACGUCAUUGGCAACAUAUCCCACGUCGACGUGCGACUCCUCACAAAAUCCACCUCCCUCCCUCUCCUCCGCUCCUCCUGCAUCCACUUCAUCUCCGUCAUCCUCUCUGAACGCGGCGUGAGCGACGGCAAGGACUCCUUUCCCGUCUUCCACGUGAACCCGUUCUCGACCCUUGCCCACACUGUUGCCAAACUCGUCGCCACCCGCUCGCACCGCAUGUGGGUUGUUGAAACACCCUCGCCUGCUUCCUCAGGACCCCCUACCCCCGCCGCAACACCCGCUGUACUCGUCCCACCAUCUCCAAUCACCCCCCUUCCCAUUUCCGCCUCCAAUCCUAUGGCCAUAGCUACAGCAUCGACGUCCCCGCCGCAACAUCUCGCCGGCGCCGCAGCGCCCGCUAUCUCUGCGUCCAGCAUCCCCGGCGCGAGCCUGAGCGGGAGAUUAAGUGGAGUAAUCAGCCUAACAGAUAUUUUGAAUUUGUUCGCUAGAGCGAGUGGCUUAAAUCCCCAUGAUCCCGAUGAAGCGAGACGAGCGAGGCGGAGGUCGAGUAGUAGUAGUAUGAGGAGAAGUGUGGAUAGUUCAAGGAGUGAGAGUAUGAGUGGAAGGAGGGGGAGUAUGAGCUCGAGCACGCCCGCGUUGGGGAUUAUGAGGGGGAGAGGGCCGUAAGGGUUUUUGGGUUGGGGCUGGAAGGCUUGGAAAGGGUGGAGAAAGUGGAGGGGAAGGGGAGAGGAAGGAGAAUAUGAGGUUCAUUAUCGGCAGGAGAGGGGAAUGAGAGAAACGAGGGACGAGUUUGCGUGAUAUGAU